UCCCAUAGCACACAGCAGCCCGACAAGGCCACGGCGCCUUUGAACCACAAAAUGAACGUCUCCAUUGCCCUGCAGCACCCGCACGAGCACUACACCAAUCUCGAUGUCAUCCAGGGAAAGGUGGUGCUGCGGGGUGCCGAAUCCCACAAACAUCAGCAGCAUCGUUGUGAAGCUCGAGGGCGAGUCCAAGACGCGGUUGCUUGCGCCCAUACACCCCUCCAGGCCGGACAAGCAGCGACCCGUCCUUGAAGUGCACAAGUUUCUCUACAAGACGCAGACCCUGUUCCCGACGAAUGUGCACCCAGAAGAGCUUGCGGCAAAUCCAAAAGCCAGUUUUGCGAUCAACAACGGUCAAUAUGAAUACCCGUUUUCUUUCAAGAUACCCCUCAACACCCAAUGUCAGCAGGCGAACAGUCCCAUCUCCAACGUUUCCUUCUCCAAUGCGCUGCCCGAGUUUGCCAGAGCCGCGACACACCACAUGAAGACUACACUGCCACCCUCCCUAGCAGGCUUUCCGGGCGAGGCGGAGAUCAAGUACUUUGUCAAGGUCACAGUCAACCGACCGCAGUUCUUCAAAGAGAAUCCGAGGUCCAUUGCAAACUUCACAAUGCUCCCGAUUGAGCCUCCACGGCCGGAGAGGACCGAUGGCGAGGCAUAUGCGAGGCGACAACAUCAAUUCAUAGAGAAUGCGCCCAGUGUGGCAGCUGUAAAGAAGCCAGGCUUAUUUGACAAGAAGGACUCGUCAGGCAGUGUGCCGCCAUCACCGACCUUGCCCGGAAGCGUGCCUCCUCGUAUCUCGAUUGAUGCGCGCCUACCGAAUCCAGCGAUCCUCACAAGCAACCAGGAUAUACCUCUGCGACUGCUGUUGAAGAAUGUCAGCGAGCGCUCCAAGAAUGUCUACCUUCAGAUGCUCCAGAUCGAGCUGAUAGGCUACACCAAAGUGCGCGCUCACGAAGUGUCGCGGACAGAGUCAAACAGUUGGAUUCUAUGCUCCUUCAGCAACAUGGCGAUACCCAUUGGCUCGCCCUCAGACCCAGUAGACACCGAGAUACCCAUCAACCCAGAGUACUGGAGCGGAAAGCCCAUCCCCAAUACCGUGCCUCCCACCUUCGCCAUCUGCAACCUAGCUAGGCACUACGAGCUCGAGAUACGCAUUGGCGUUGGCUAUGGCAGCUACAAGCACGGCGAGGACCAGCUCGUCGUACUCCCGCUCCGACUCCCAGUCAAGGUCUACUCCGGCAUCGCGCCGCCCAAGGCGCUGCUCGAAGCGGCUCGCACCGGCGAAAGCAAGCCUUCGCUGAGCGUGCCGCCUUAUUCGCACUCACAGGCAGUGCCGACGCCUACUACGCCGACUCACGGCGGCUUUUCAGGUGGAUUCAACGCGUCUCCCGGUCAACCGGCUCAUCCACCGUCAGACGCGGGUCAUGAAGAUGCACCUCCGAGCUACGAAGAGGCGAUUGGGCAGGAUCUGCCACCGAUCAAUGGGUACAGAGGGAGUUACCAACCACCUCCUGCACCCGAAGGCGCGCCUCGCUUUUCUGACGAGAAGAGGCGAUGAGGGGUAGAUCGCGUGUGAGAAGGGUAAACAGAGACGCGACGGGUGGCGAGGCGCAAGGGAGUCUGACACACAUCCAGAUUACCAUGCAGUUUGGGCAGCAAUGGGGAAGGCUGGAAGGCUGGAGGCGGAGAUGUGCAGCACAGUGUCGAGUACGAAAGCAUUUUCCUUCCAAUCAAUAUACAUAUUUAA